ACCAAUCAGUUCCUCUAGCGUUGCUUGUUCUGCGCAUGCGCACAUCGCGCUAUUACUUCCCGAGAGCCUUCGGGUUUGUGUGUUGAACAAAACAAAAAUAGCGAUUUAGAUCGUAAGAAUCAAACAGUAUGACUUUUCGACGAAACUGGAAUUAGAUACACGGACUAAAACCUGAGCCAGGCGUUUUGUACGUUUUAAUUUUUCCACCUUUUUGAUUUGCCUUGACGGGAUCCUGCGACCCUGCGGACGCUAAUGUGAAGGAGACGCCAUCAAAUAUGGACUUAUGGUCGGAAUGGAUGUUGGAUAUUCGUGACGAGGAGGACUCGAUCUAAACAUCUGGAGGUUUGAUUUCUGGAGGUUGGUGGUUUUGGCGACUAUUGGGCCGCUAUCAUGAAGGAGAUGAUUGGAGGCUGCUGCGUGUGUUCGGAUGAGAGAGGCUGGGCCGAAAACCCGCUGGUUUACUGCGACGGACACGGCUGUAACGUCGCCGUGCAUCAAGCUUGUUACGGAAUUGUCCAAGUCCCAACCGGUCCCUGGUUCUGCCGAAAAUGUGAAUCUCAGGAGCGAGCAGCACGAGUGAGAUGCGAGCUCUGUCCACACAAAGAUGGCGCUCUGAAAAGGACGGACAAUGGUGGCUGGGCUCAUGUGGUUUGUGCGCUCUACAUCCCCGAGGUGGAAUUUGCCAACGUCUCCACCAUGGAGCCCAUUGUUUUACAGUCUGUCCCUCAUGAGCGCUAUAAUAAGACGUGCUACAUUUGUGAAGAGCAAGGCCGUGAGAGUAAAGCAGCCACUGGUGCCUGCAUGGCCUGUAACAAACACGGCUGUCGCCAAGCUUUUCACGUCACAUGCGCUCAGUUUGCUGGCCUCCUGUGCGAAGAGCAAGGCUCGGACGCCGACAACGUCAAAUACUGUGGCUACUGCAAGUACCAUUACAGCAAACUGAGAAGGAGCAAAGGCCGUGGUAGUAGGGCUCAAAGCUUAAGCGAUUCUUCCUCUCACUCUUUGGAUAAACACCAUGACAAGGAGAAGAAGAAACACAAAGAGCGAGACCGUCACAAACCCAAACACAAAAAAUCUCUGGAGCUCUCGCCUUCCCUUGUUCCAGCCUUGAUGGUUACGUCAGAGAAGAGCUAUAGCAGCAGCAGUGGAGGGAGCGUCUCGUCAAUCUCCUCGUCCCAAAAGCGAAUGGAUGAUGGAGGCGCACGUUUCACCAACGCCAACUUCCAAGAAGUGCCGUCUCACUCCACUGCGAGCUCCAAAGAUGGAGGCUCUUCUGAGAGAGAGAGCAAGAGCUCUGAGGGGAAGAGCAAAAAAUCGAGCAGCCACUCAAGCUCUAGUUCCAGCUCAGGGUCACGGGGUCGCAAGUCUAACCCGGGCAAAUCUCAUGGCCCAGUCGUCACCAUCGCUACAUCAUCCACCGUCCCAUCCACGACAAGCCCCUUUCAGCAAGGUCUUAUGUUGGCUGGUGGGAGCAACAAGACGUCCUCCAGCAGCUCGGUGGUUCAGCCCAGCUCUGAUUUCAUCAGCUUCACAGAUUCAAACUUGAGGAGCGGAGACACGUACACCCAGUCCUCAUUCAGUCGCCUCGUCAAAGGCGGGGCCGAGAGUGGAACUUCUGAUGGAAUGGUGGCCCUCAACACCUUUAGUGCGCUCGUGCCCCUCCCCCAAAACUUGAAGCAUUACGAAAAUUCGCACUCUGGCAGCGGGGAGCUGGCAUCAGCUGGGUAUAAACGGCCCCAGCCUUCCUCUUCGUCCUCCUCUUCCUCCGCUGCUUCGUCUUCGUCUACUGGAGAGGAAGGAGUAAAAAAGAAGAAGAGAGGGAACUGGAGGAACCGCUAUGGGCCCUGCUUUACCACCACUCAGGAGAACAAAACUCCAGAGGCGCCGGAGAUCACCGGGACGGCUUUGCCUUCCUCUUCUUCGCUCUCGCCUUCUUCGUCCUCCAUCGUGGGUAGAAAUAGCAGCACUAGCAUUAGCAAUGUGACUGUGGGAGGAACUGGAACGGGUGGCCUGACCAAUCAGAAAUCUCCAUCUCUGCUCAGGAAUGGGAGUUUACAGAGUCUCACUGUGAGCUCUCCACCUGCAGCGACAGUGACAUACCCCAGCAGCAGCGAUGUCACAGCCCCUUUGCCCAGCGCUGUGCUCGGAGGUAGUCUCGCCGUCUCGAGCUCUGAGAUUCCAGGCGCCUCGAUGCCGAACCUCACGUCUCUGCCCACUCCUGCUUCCUUCACCAGCACGUCCUCCACGCACCUGCAGUCAAACUCAUUACCGGGAACCUUUAACCUGGCGCCGUCCCAUAUGUUCGGCAACCGGUUAAAUCCCAAUUCCGCCAUGGCCGCCCUCAUCGCCCAGUCGGAGAAUUCUCCAGCAGAUCAGGAGCUGGGGGAUGGGGCACUGGGCUUCUCCAGGCGAGGAACCCCACCGAAGGCGAACCUUUCCCCACGCUCUCCAUUAAGCGGACUGCACAUACGCUAUGACCCAUCAGUGCCUGUGGUGCCAGGAUUGGGCACUGACACGCUUCCACCGGCAGCCACCAGCAUUGAACAGCUGCUGGAGAGACAGUGGAAUGAAGGCCAGCAGUUUCUACUGCACCAGGGAUCACAGGCAGAUGUGCUGGCCAUGCUGAAGUCUCUGCACCAACUGCAGAUGGAGAAUCGGCGUCUGGAGGAGCAGAUCAGAACCCUGACCAUGAAGAAGGAGCGACUGCAGCUGCUGAGCGCUCAGCUCUCAGUGCCAUUCACACACUCGAACACAACAACAAGCUCCGCUUCUUCUCCACUCUACCACAGCAACACACACACAGACAUGCUGAACAGCAAGAGCAUUCAGCUAGGCACCAGUGUUUUAACAGACUCCUCUCAACAUUUGCCCACUCAGGAUCUCCUGAUUGGUGGCCAUAGCAGUUCUAGCAGCACCUCCUCCCUCUCCACUCCUACCUCAGUUGCCCAAAGCCCCCCUCAGCAGCAGGUGAAUGGCCUGAUGGGGGCACAGCAGAGCACCCACGGGGCUAUGAGUGGCAUCAUGGGGGCUCUCAAUGGUGUAAUUCAAUCCUCCAGCCCUCUUCCUCACCCUUCCUCCAUCACUUCCACCUCCCUACCUAUCACUGGUGGCCAUAAUAACAGCAUCGUGACCACUGCGAAAACCAGUGCAGUGAAGCUCCUCAAUGAGCAGCAGAGAAAAAUUCUCCUCCAUCAACAACAACUGCAGCAGCUCAUCAAUUCCCAGCAGCCCACACCGGAGCAGCAACAUGCUUUGCUCUACCAGCUGAUGCAGCAACAACAGCAACAACACGAGCUGCAGCAGCUUUCCUCAUCCCAGCUGCCCAUUAACAACCUGCUUCCUGCCACUCAGGGUGCCAUCGCUGCCAACCCCUUCCUGGCUUUACAUACCGAAAACAGCAGUCAGAAAGCUGCGAGGCUGGGUGAGAAAACCAUGAGUGUCACAGGGCAGGAGAAAACCUGAACAGGUGGGGAGAAGAACUGCUGGAAGAGGGGGCCAACCAUCCCAUCAGAGCAGCUUCAGAAACAUGUGCACACAUACCCAGAGUCAUAUACACGUACACACACACACAAACAUCUUGGCCCGAAUAUCUCAAGCUCUAGCAUUGCACUGAAUCGGACUAAAUAACUUGCUGUAAAGGUUAAGGUCCUGACGGACCAUUUUCGGGCCCAGAUAUACACACGCUUCUUAGCGACAUAUUGGUGUGAAUCACUGUGGGGUGGGGUGGGGGGAGGGGGGGUAUUGCUGAGUGAUCUUGGCUGGAGACUAAAUGCAUCUGCUCUCCACUGUUACCUCUUUAACAUAAACUGGACUAGCUUAAAUCACACACAAAAAAAUAAAAAACCUGCUUUGUCUUUUUGUGAAAAAAAAUAAUAAAAAAAUCAAAUCAAAUCUGAAGCGUUUAAUCCACCAUGAAGGCCUUUGCCUCAGAGGGCCAAACAGGGACACGCUGAUCCUGCUGAACUCCUAAACGAGCACCUACCUCUCCGAGCCAAGACUGAAAUAUUUAAAAUACCAGGACCCAUACCCAAGUGCCUGGCAUCUCCCUCCAUGCCCUCGUGCUGAGGAUACACACUGGAGACGCUGCCACUCUCGCUUCCUUUUAAGAUUGCGCUCAGUCUGGUUUUAGGACGAUAUAUUAAGAAUUUCAACGUAUGGCUACCAAUCAGUGUCACUCAGGCAACACCAGAUAAAAGCCUGCACAGUGACCAAGCUUAGCUCAGAUUUGCUUGGGCAUGUGCCGAUAUGACCUGCUUACAUCACGAGAAUUUUCACUUCCUCUUCUUUUUUCCCCUCGUUUGGAGGUCCCUUCCUCCAAAACAGUCCAAAAUAUUCAAGACGUUCAGACAACGCUGUUCUCACUGGUAAGACAAUAUUGUAUCCAAUAUUGUUUCUAUUUAAUAUCGUGAUGUAUCCCAGACCUGAUUAUCGGCACAUGCCUGCAAUUACAAUAUUUGUGCUGCAAUGAUAAUUUUCUUAAGCCAACUUUAUAUUCUUCCUUUUUUUUUUUUUUUUUUUUUUUAUUUAUUUAUUUGAGUUUGUUUUGUAAUGGGCACAAGAUAAUAUUUUAGAGCCCAGUUGUCUGAAAGCUUUUUAUACUACUGUUCAAAAUUGUCACAAAAUUUGUCUCCCGUUUCCUUUGAAUAUUGUAAGUACUUUUUUUUAUUUUUAUUUUAUUAAAAUGUCGUGUUUGAGCAUAAAACCUACUCGGAUUGUUCAUUCUGUAAAUACAGUCUAUUCUCUGUUUAGUUUUUGUCUUAUCCGAUCAGAAUAAGCUGUUUAAAAUAUAGCUCAGAGCUUGUUUUUUUUUUUUCUUUUUUCAAACCUCUUUUUUAAUGUAAAUAAGUAUUUGUGUUUGUCUGAUAGUGUGAAGGAUUUAUUACAACUCAUUCGGUGUGCGGAGAUUAAAAUAAUUAACAAACAGGAAUAUAAUGAUGCAAGGUAAUUAAUUUAUUUUUAUAUGUACAGGGACUUUUUUUUUGCAUUUUGAAGUUUUGCAUUUCAGUGAUGUCGUUUUAUACUCCUAUACCUAUUUCCACGUUUUUAUGUGUCUGUAUAGGUAAUUAUGCAAAACUCCCUAAAGUCUGUAUUUAAAAAUACCAAACGUGAGUCCUGCUUCGUACUGAUCAUAAGAAAUACUGAACACAGAGACUGUAGCGUUAAGAUUUUUUUCAGUGAUUAAAAUUGUUUUACAAAGGUG